AUGGACGAGACGCCCAAAUCAGCCGCUGGCGUCUCUGUGCUCGCGGACGGCUUGGCUGUCUCACAUUACGUAGAAGCGUUGGAGGCACGGACCCCAAGGAGCCCUCGAAAGACCGGACAGGCUCCCAGAGAGGUGGCCGCGGACGUCCAGGAUGUUACAGAGGCUCAGGGCACCGCGCCAGACUCCCCGCCGAAGGCGGAGGAUCCUCUCCAGUUUGGGGGUGACCUGGAACUGGAGCUAGACUCGUUAGAGGCUGCUGGGCCGAGGAUCGCACUCCCUGCCCCUGCCGAGCGAGCCGACAGGCACGGGGCGGACGUCAUCCUAAGUGUUUGA